CUGGUUCCAGGCUUCCACCUCCUGGAGAAAAACUAUCAAGGAAGAUGAAGCAAGAUGCAAACCACUGACACUUCAAGCUGCAACCACUUCUGGUUCCAUUAGAUUCAAGAACACAACAGCAUAGCAGGGUACAGAAUCAGUCAUCAAAGGUGAUUAAAUGUGUUUGUGACACUGAAACCUUGAUUUCACUAGAAGUCUGAAGAAAUAAGGAGUGGAGGCAGAAUAAAUCAAGAAACUGAGCAGCUCUGAAGAUGAUUGCUAAGAAAUCCUGUUCCACAGGAACUCAGGGGAACUUGGGAAUAAUAACAGACCUGACUGCAUUCAAGAACUAGGGAGAGACUCAACAAAUUCUUGUCUUCUCGUAAAACUGACACUACAAAUGAUACACAAAGCACUGGUUCUAUAGUGAUGGGCACAGACCCAAAACAUGUUCACUGCAAAUCUGAAAAACUUCUUAUGCAAGCUUCUGCCAGGACUAAUUGUUACUGUCUAAUUGUAUGCUUUGAUUGCCACAUGUUUUCAUCUUCCUAUUGGCAUUUUUAAAAGCUGGAUGAUGGGAUAUGAAGAGAAUUGCUAAUCCCAUGCCUUUAACCUUCAGAAAUCCUUCAAAAGUCAGAGGGGUGAGGAAGCCACAGCUGGUUUUUCAGCUUGGUUCCUCACAGUACACUGAGAUGGGAUUGCUUCUAGUGAUUUUUCUUGCUGUUUUGACUUUCUUCGUGGCAAUGGCAUUCUACUAUGAACACCCCAAAGCAAAAAUCCCUCAUGGAUUUAGUCAGCGCCGAAAGCUUUACAUUUUUCAUUAUGCGGUGAACUUUGGGUUUGGCCUCGCAAAAGUUUUGGAAAAAGUAGGUAUCACCUCAGAGGUGGAUUUCCUCAGGGCUGUCAUGGAUGGAAUACCACCAUUAAGAGAUGAUAAACAACUUUUUAUCAGGGACUUAAGGUUUGAAAAGGUUGAAGUAAGAAUUUACCAGCCAAAAUCAUCAACUACUGGCCAAAGAAGAGGAAUCCUAUAUUUUCAUGGAGGAGUUGGACUGUUUGGAAGUAUUAAGGCCUAUGAAAGAACAUGCCGCUAUCUUGCCCGACAAAGCAAUUCGGUGGUGGUGUCUGUUGGGUAUCGCUUAGCUCCUGAGCAUCCAUAUCCAACACAAUUUGAGGAUUGCCUUGCUGCCACCAUCCACUUCAUGAGGACUGCACGAGACUACGGAGUAGACCCUUCUCGCAUUGUUAUCUGUGGAGAUAGCAGUGGAGGUACAAUCACUGCUGCUGUGGCCCAAGCACUGGUGAGCAGACAAGAUCUCCCAAAACUGAGAGCGCAAAUCCUAAUAUAUCCCUUUCUCCAGGGUUUGGACUUUGAUUUGCCUUCUUAUCAGCAGAAUGAGGGGGUGCCCAUUUUGUUAAAGGAACGAACCCUUUCUCUUGGCUUGAAGUACCUUAACAUAAAAUUGUCUGCCACAAAACCAGCAUUUGAAGUAUCUAAAGGCAAUCAUGUUCCAGAAGAUCUGCUACUGAAGUAUCGGAAAUGGGUGAGUUCUGACAUCAUCCCUCCUGAGUUUAAAAGAAGAGGCUACACGCCGAGUACAACAUAUUCAUUCUCAGAGGAAAUCUAUGCACUAGUCAAACCUAUUUUUGACACUGUUUUUUCACCACUGCUAGCUGAAGACAGUGUUAUUGCUCAGCUUCCUGAGGCUUUCAUUUUGACCUGUGAAUAUGAUGUGCUUAGAGAUGAUGGACUGCUCUACAAGAAACGAUUAGAGGAUCAUGGUAUAAAAGUGACCUGGUGCCAUUUGCAAGAGGGAUUCCAUGGCACAGUAUUAUUAGCUCUUUCUGGUGCGUUUUUGGCAUUCCAAUCUGGAAAUAAAGGCCUGGAAAAUAUAGUACAUUUUCUAAGAUUGAUGUAAAAUUCAUUUCUUGUUUUACUUUCCUGGUUCAAAAGAUUGAAUCUUUUAUUGCUUGCAAAGACUUUUAAAAAACAUCCUCAAUUUUCCUUUUCUUAAAUCAUCAUUAUGAAUUUCUGCAUUGCAUCUGUCCUCUUUUUACCCAAUAAAUUGAUUUGUUGA